CACUGCAAAUUGCAAAAGAGGGAAGUAUAACAAAUCACAAUUUCUGGUUCACAAAAAGUCAGAAAUACCCUGCCCAGGAUACCAUGUUCGGCAUGCCUGGAGUGCCAUUCUAAGCAUACUAAGGGGUAUUCUAUUGAGCAUCACUCUUCAGGCUUAGGUGAGAAUACCUUGCUUCAAAAGUAAGAUCAUUAAAUAAAAGGGGAAGGAUCUAGCUAUUGAAUGCGACUCCAAUCUUCUUCUGUUAUUAUUUUGAUGAAAGCAGAACGAGAGAGUAAAAUGCGGAAAGAAGAGGAUGAAUCACUGAUCAUCUACCUCAAGAAAGAAGUCGAAGCUGCUCUGCUAAGGACUGAUUCUCUGGAGAAAGAAAAUCAGGAAUUACAACAGGAAGUAGUUCGUCUAAAAGCACAGAUAAGUUCACUCAAAGCACACGACAAUGAGAGAAAAUCCAUGCUUUGGAAGAAGUUACAGAACCCCAUUGACAGCAGCAAAACUGAUGUAUUUCUACAGAAACAAUCAGACUUUGUCAAAGUGAGUGAGGAACAUUCAAGUCCAAGACCGAGCAUACAGGAAUUACCAUCAAGAAAAGAGAAACUGGCAAAAGUACCAAAUCCACCACCAAGGCCUACUUCUGUAGCCCCUUCAUCACCCAAGGAAGUGAACAGCAAUAAAUUGUCACCAGCACCACCACCUCCACCUCCGCCACCGAAGAUGUCUGUUGGGUCAAAAACAGUGCGCCGCGUGCCAGAAGUCGCCGAGUUCUAUCGUUUGGUUACAAGGAGAGAUGUCCACAUGGAGAACAGAAUCAAUUCAGCGGCUAUUCCAGUAGUUGCAUUUACUCCUAGCAUGAUUGGAGAAAUUGAGAAUCGUUCCACUUAUCUUUCUGCUAUAAAAUCGGAUGUGGAAAAACAGAAGGAAUUUAUCAAUUUCCUAAUCAAAGAAGUGGAGUCUGCAGCCUUCAAAGAAAUAUCUGAUGUUAAGGCAUUUGUGAAAUGGCUGGAUGAUGAAUUAUCAUCUUUGGUUGACGAAAGGGCAGUAUUGAAGCAUUUCCCACAAUGGCCAGAACGAAAAGCAGAUGCUUUGCGAGAAGCUGCUUUCAACUAUCGAGACCUAAUAAACCUCGAGUCUGAAGUUUCAUCAUUCCAGGACAAAAAAAAAGAGCCUUUGAUCCAAGCCCUGGGAAGAAUGCAAGCAUUGCAAGACAGGUUGGAGCGAAGUGUAAACAAUACAGAAAGGACUAGAGAGAGCAUGAUCAAGAGAUACAGGGAUCUUCAGAUCCCAUGGGAAUGGUUGCUGAACACAGGGUUGAUCGGUCAGAUGAAAUUAAGUUCUUUGAGGCUGGCCAAGGAUUACUUGAAAAGGAUAACUAAAGAGCUGCAGCUUAAUGAAUGCUCAGGAGAAGAGAAUCUUCUGCUUCAAGGAGCUAGAUUUGCCUAUCGUGUACACCAGUUCGCAGGUGGUUUUGAUGCUGAGACCACACAUGCAUUUCAAGAGCUAAAGAAGAUUGGCAUGGGUAGUCUCGAACAAUAGAGAGUUAAGUAUAUUCAAUUCUAUAGAAUGGGAGAGUUUCAUAAAUUAUGAAUUCAAGUUCUAAGAUCCUCUCUUAUGGGUAAAGACAUACUAAUCACUGGUUUUGAGAACAAUGAUACCAAGCACCUUGAUCAUCUCAGGCUUUCAACAAGCACCAAUCAAAACAAAAGGGUAAGGAGCACCGGAUGGCAAUGAAUGUAUAAUAUAAAUUCGGACUAAAUCUUACGAAUUUAUCUGUCUAAGUAACUUGGGCAAAUUCUUGAUUGCCUGAAGGGGAAGAAGGCAUUACAGUCUGUUUUUGGGAAGUUUUUUCACUGAAUUUCUGAAAACAUAUUCUGUAUUCUGCAGUUCGGUAAUGAUAGUUCACUGAAUGCAUGGGAAAACAUUCAGUAAAUCUGUCGGAUUUCCCCCAA